AUGGGGCCGGGGGUGCUGGUGGUGGGGGAGGGGGACGCGCUGGAGCUGACGGUUACGGUGACCAAUCGGGGCGAGAGCUCCUUCGGGCCGGGGGUCACCCUGUGGCACCCGCCCCAGCUCAGCUACAGGAAGGUGCAGAUGCUCCAGCCCCGCGGUUCCGUUCGCUGCCACUCGGAGCCCCCCGAGGGGCGGGGCCGGCGCUCGCUGUGCCAGGUGCAGCCCCCGGUGCUGAGGGCGGGGGCACAGGUGAGUUUCCGGCUGACCCUGGACGUGCCCCCGGACGCCGAACUCGGGGAGACGCUGCAGGUGACGGCGCAGAGCCACAGCACCAAUGGCGACGCGGGUGGGCGGAGCCAGAGCGCGACCAUCCCGUCAGGUACCGGUGUUCCUGGUGAUUGACAGGUGAAGGUGCUGGGGCGCCGCCCCCUCCCGGCCGGACGUCACCUUCCGGGUCCCGGCACACCUGGGCCAGGUGCGGCUCUGGGAGAGCCUGGCCGUCACACCUGAGCAGGAGCAGCCGCGGUGCCGGGAGGGCCCCGAGGAGCCGGGGGAGGGCCCCGAGCGCCCCCUGCUGCGGUGCCCGGGCGCCCCCUGCCGGACGUUCCUGUGCUCGCUGCCCCCCUGGAGCCGCCCCGCACCUGGGGGUUCCGCCUGGGGGGGGAAAUGAACCUGGAGUGGGUGAG